AUGACUUGUACCAUGACGACGGAUUCUCCUACAACCAUUACUGCUACUACUACUAGUAGUCUGACAAGGACAAUGAUUGGAUUGUUGGUGUUGGUGUUAGUGUCCCUGACAGGAGUGUCCUUGUGGUACAACAACAACAACAACAACAACAACAACAACAACAACAACAACAACAACAACAACAACAACAACAACAAUGACACUGCUGCGUCAUUAAGUUUUCGUCGAGAUCUUCAAAAACCUCGCAUCAUGGGAGGCACCCCCGUGACAUCCACGGCGGUCUAUCCGUUCUUUGCCUAUUGGGAUGUAGGUUGCGGUGCGACCUUGGUGGCUCCGGAUAUGCUGCUGUCGGCGGCGCAUUGUUACAUUGACGAAGGACGCACGGAUGAUCGAGGCCGGGUCUACUUGGGAUCUCUGGACUAUCUGGGCGGCACUGCCUACGAUGUGGUCGACGUGUUCCCGCAUCCACGGUUCAACAAGGACUACUAUUACGAACCCAAAAAUGAUUUCCUCUUGUUGAAAAUCAACGAGACCAUUCCAGACAUUACACCGGUAGCACUCAAUGACAAUCCACUCUUUCCCUCUACGGAAAAUGACUUGUUGACAGUGAUUGGCUUUGGAUCGCUCGAUGAAGGAGAAAAGGAUUGGCCCGAUACACUGCAGCAAGUUAUGCUGCCGUAUCAUCCCACUCCCAUUUGUCAAAUUGCCUGGCAAGGGUCCACCAUUACCGACGCUGAACUCUGUACCCUUCAUCCCGGGGGUGGUAAGGAUUCGUGUUAUGGAGAUUCGGGAGGACCACUGCUUGCACUGGAUCCAACAACGCAACAGGGAUGGAUUCAAGUGGGUAUGGUCAGUUGGGGGGAUGGUUGCGGCCUUGCCGAUGCCCCCGCCGUGGCAGCACGAGUAUCGGCCGUGACAGAAUCCUGGAUUCGACCCCAAGUGUGCUUACUCAGUCAAGUACCACCGGCAUAUUGUCAAGAGUACCAUGCCGACUUGCCACUCUCUCUUCGCAUUGAUAUUCUAUCCUCUUCUGCUGCUCCAUGGCAAGAACAAAACAUUUCCUGGGGAUUGUAUCAACUCUAUCCACCCAUGACUAUUUACCAAGUCGAUACCAGUGGGGUUGUCGCCGCGAAUGUUCCUCCACCGUUGCCACCCGCGCCAGACAAUCCGGGCUUUAUUGCAUUGACUCGGAAAAAAGACGAAGAAGAAGAAGAACAAUUGGCAGCCUUUCGAGAAGAACUGUACACGACAUUCUACUUUCCCAAUCUACCGCCAUCCCUCUUUUACUUUCGCAUUCAACAAGAUGUCCAAGAUCUAGCGACCAAGGGUACCAUGCAGCACUAUCGGGUCGUCCAAGGACACAACUUUACCCAUCGAUCGUGGUUGGAACAUGCCUGGAAGGAUGUGCUAGUCACCAAUGACAAUUUUCAUGGAUUCGAUGAUGUCUACAUGGAUCUACAACCCACGCGGCCUCUGUCCGAUGUGGUCUUGCCCAUGACCGACACAAUCCCACCCGCUGCACAAACAGUCAAUGUAACAAUGGAUGUCUUUUACGACGCGGCACCCCUCGAAACGGCAUGGGAAGUACGGAAUAUGCUCACGGAUCAAAUCAUUACGAUUGUGCGACAAGGAUCGCAGACGGAAUCGGGAUUGAUUUCCUAUCAGCUACCAAGUGUUCCCAUGGCCACGCCGUUGCAAUUCCGCAUGUGGGACCAAGCCGGAAAUGGCAUGUCGACAGGAGGAUGGGUGGAAUUGUGGGCCGGUGUACGGAAAAUGUGGGAAUUCGAUGGGGUCUUUGCAUUUGAACAUUCCAUGUUGUUUGAAAUAGUCUAA